GUCAAUCAAAUGACGUUGUGUUUCUCCAGGUGCAAGACCAACUGCUGCAUUGGUGCAAUAGGAGCUGCAAUACAAAUAUAGGAUGGCUUCAGCUACAGAUGCACGAUAUGGGCAGAAGGAGUCCUCCGAUCAGAACUUUGAUUACAUGUUUAAGAUCCUGAUCAUUGGGAACAGCAGCGUGGGCAAGACCUCCUUCCUGUUCCGCUACGCAGACGACUCUUUCACGCCAGCCUUCGUCAGCACAGUGGGCAUCGACUUCAAAGUGAAAACCAUCUACAGGAACGAGAAGCGCAUAAAAUUGCAGAUCUGGGAUACUGCUGGCCAGGAGAGGUACAGGACCAUCACAACAGCGUAUUACAGAGGAGCCAUGGGCUUCAUUCUAAUGUACGACAUCACAAACGAGGAGUCUUUCAAUGCAGUGCAGGACUGGUCCACACAGAUAAAGACAUACUCGUGGGACAAUGCUCAGGUCCUGCUGGUUGGUAAUAAGUGUGAUAUGGAAGAUGAGCGUGUGGUGAUGGCAGAGCGGGGCAGGCAGCUGUCUGAGAGCCUUGGAUUUGAGUUUUUCGAAGCCAGCGCAAAGGACAAUAUUAACGUGAAGCAGACGUUCGAGAGGCUUGUCGACAUUAUCUGUGAGAAGAUGUCAGAGAGCUUGGACGCUGCAGACCCUGCCGUCACCGGAGUUAAACCAGGACCCCAGCUCACCGAACAGGCCCCACCACCACACCAGGACUGUGCCUGCUAGAGACCCCAUCUCCUCCUGCCCCAAAUACCACAACCAUCAGGAAGGAACAACAUAGAAUACACACACACACACACUCAGUAGUAAUAGCCAAUGGGACCUUCUGUAUGUAGCCAAUGUUCCAAUAUUCCACAGGAUUACAUAGCAAGCCUACAGUAUCCUCCCAGUAUAUUCUAUGAAAAAUUAUUCCAUUGUCGUAGUGGAUUCUUUUAAGACCUCAAAAAUGUAUAUAGGGGACGUAUAUAUUAAUAAAAUAUGAA